AUGAAUGUCAAAAGUAACUAUUAUAAGCCAUUGGAAGUUGACACCUUUAGACGUAAUUAUGCCGAAAAAAGUGGGUACAGUUUGAAAAGGAAUCAAUCUCCGGUUGCAGUCAAACCAAUUCUUCAUGUUGCUAUUUCUUCCGAUACAUCAACAGAUUCAACACAUGAGGAUCACUAUGCAGUACCAGACACCAGACUUCGUUCGUCGGUAAUUCCAUUAGAUAGUCGACCGUAUUUGGGUCCACCAGGUCCGUCAUAUGUUGCUCAAAGCUAUUAUGACGAUUCUCGUUUGUACAAUAGAGAAAUCCGAAACAAAUCGCAGAAAUUGAGCUGUGAAUUUGAUGAUGAAAAAGCCACAAGAACCUUUACAAAGCAUAUUAGCUUUGAGCCGCCAAUAAUGAAGACAGCACCGAGUGAAUUGAAGCAAGUCACCUUUCAAAGAAGUCCAAAGCCUGUGUUCGGCACUGAAAACUACUUUGUGGGUAAGAGGAUUGCAGGCAGAGUUGUUAACCCAAAAACUCCAAUGAUCAAAAGCUACUGGGAAGCCAAUAUACAACGAGAGGAAAAACUGAAGGAGGAAGCAAAUAACGUGCGACCGAGAAAAACUUUUGGUUUCCCACGGUGGCGUUCUAAUGAUGCAUUAUCGGCAUCUUUAGUGGCUUCAAAGUCGAACGCAAUGAUUCAUCAGAAUGCUGAAACACCAAAGAAGCUUCAGAAAGGCAAAUCUUUAGACUCUUUAAUGAUGCAGUUGGAUUACCAGCCAUGGUAUGACAGAAAUCAGAUUCGCGAAGCCAUAAGUCGUGAAUCAAUAGCAAACCUUGGAGCUACAAAAGAUAAAUUUGAAAAUGGUGCUCUUAUGAGAAAUAACAAUCGACAUCAUGACAGCACUACUUCAUCAUCACUUUAUGAUUCACCUAUCCAACAUAUUCAGCUGAAGGUUGACCAACGAUAUCCUGUUAAUUUUCCGAAGGAGAAAAAUAACGAUUAUUUCAAAUACGAAAAUGGACAAUCGUUGGAACCCAAAGAGAAGAACAGCGUACAACAUCGGCAGGAGAAACAGGUGGUGCAAAAAAAAUUACCUGGAGAAUCAAAAAUAAAUCAAAAAUUUUCUGAUGCUAAUCUGACAAAUGAACAAGAGAUAUUUUUGCUGUUUAUCAAACAAAAUGUCGAUUUGGUUGGAGGCCUUGGUAUAAUCAUACCUGAUGGUGUUAAAAAUAUUAUGAAUGAACUGCAGUGGCGAAAGGUAGAACUUCGACCGGUUUAUGAGGAAGAAUCAAGACGCCUAACGGCUGAAUUCAAAAGCUAUCAACCUCAGAAUGUACAAGUACAAAACAAUAAAAGUGGACGUUAUGUAAAAAAUCCAGCUGCUGUAAACGGAAAUGCUAAUCAUCGAAUUAUUUCACGAAAAACUUUUGAUAUGUCGAACAAACAAAUGCCCGAAAAUCGUCGUCCAAUUAUGCAAGAUGUCGACAGAGAGAAAGCAGGUGAUUCAUUAAUUGCUGCCGAAAUACGAAUGUUACGCGAUCGUGAAGAAGAACUCCGCCGGAGCCGCAGCGAACUAGGACUUCCAAAUUUGGAAGAUACCAUCGAAAUUUGGAGAAAUGGGUUUGUUUUUACCAUUUGA